AUGGCCUCUGGCCAACCCUUCGCGUCGCGCUCCUACGCCGGCACGAAACUCCCAGAACGCUCCAUCAACACGAAUGCCAUGCCCUUCAGCGCCUCAUCAUUCUCACGGCAUCGCGGUCUGGGAAAUGCCAACCAAGGUGAAUUCAACGGCCCCGAAGGCCAAAAGCAGAUGCAACAGUCCGCGCCCGCGCCAGCAACAAACGCCCAGUCCCAUGGCCCAGCGCAGGACGCGAAUCCGCUGAACAGACUCACUGAAGAGCAGAGGGAAGAGAUUAAUGAAGCUUUCACCCUCUUCGACCUGGACCGCGACCGCCACCUGGACUACCACGAACUCCGCGUCGCCUUCCGCGCCCUCGGCUUCACCCUCGGCAAACAAGAACUAAUCUCACUUCUAACAACCUACGGCGUUCCACGUCCACAAGUGCAGCAACAACAACAAGCCGUCGGCAACCAACACGGCCAACCGCAACCGCUAGCCUCAAACAAAGGCCCCGUCUCGAACCCGCAACACCCGUCCAACCUGCUCAUGCCGCUCUCGUCGUUCCAGGCCGUGACGGCGCUGAAGAUCCUGGAGCGGGACCCGCGCGACGAGAUCCUGCGCGCGUUCGAGCUGUUCGAUGAGGGCGCCAAGGGGUUCAUUGACCUUGAGGAUUUGAGACGUGUUGCCCGAGAGUUGGGGGAGACUGGGCUUGAAGAGGAGGAGCUUAGGGCUAUGAUCGAGGAGUUUGAUCUUGAGGGUGUUGGUGGUGUUACGAGGGAGGCUUUUGUUGGGAUUUGUUGGCAAUGA